GUUUGUUUAGAAAAUUUACAUUUUUUUGUAAAACAAUCCCUUUAAAGAGAUGAAAUGUUUGAUUCCCUGCAGUAUUAUCCUGAUAUUGAGAUUUGUCAGACUGAGAAGGACGGAGAUAUUGCAGAAAAGGAAAGAGAAUAUGAAACUGCUCUGGAAGAAGACUUUGGAUCAUCUUUUCUUGGUGUUUUGCGGUCCUGGUUGUGGAAAACAAUGGAGUAUCCUGAAACAAGUUUCUACGCCCAGGGGAGAUCAGUCUUAUUAAUUUAUUUUUAAUCUACGGAAAUACAUACAACUUUCUUCUGAAAAAUGAUACAAUGGGACUCCUAAAACGCUGGAACUAAAGUUAUUAGUUUAGCUCAAUUAGGAUGAAACACAGCAAUUUUUCAGUGUACAAGGACCCAUUUCACUUAUUAACUCGAUUCUAAAGAUACAUUUAUAUAUAGAUUCCAAAGUUUUUGGAUCUAACUUUAGCCUAAUUAUUCUCUCUUCAUAAAAACAAUCUAUGGAAUACUGACCUACUCCCCCCCCCCCCCUUCUAAUACCAUAACUCAUUACUCCAAACCCCCAAUUUAUCUAUAACCGGCCAUGUCCGCCAAAUUUAUAUAAGGUCAUAUAGAACCGAAACUUAACUCCGUUUUCUCUGGAUCUAAGGUUGAGAACAAAACUUUUCUCCAUGCUUAUAAAGGUGUAUGCAGUAUUUUCUUUAGUCAUAGUUUUUAUUUCAACAAUAACCUUCAUCAUCUCAACUUUCGAGGAGGUUAAAGCUGAUGAACUAGGAUUAUCUGAGUAUCCUAACCUACUCCGAAUAAUCAAUGCUGUUGAUGUUAUUGUUAUUAUCUACUUCUCUCUCGAGUAUAUUAUUAGAUAUUCCUGUGCUCCGAGAAAAUGUACAUUCUUCCUGGACGCAAUGAACCUUAUAGAUUUUGUUACUCUGCUUCCCUUCUAUAUAUCCAUUAUACUAGAGGAGCUCCAAGAUUUUGAAAUCAUUGGUAAAGCUGGGAAAAUUCUUCGGCUUCUCAAGGUUAUGCGUAUUUUGCGGAUUUAUAAAUUGUUCCGGCAUUUUGCAGGAUUGCAGUCUUUGUUGUACACUCUUCAACAAGCAUAUAGAGAACUCUGCUUGCUUCUUCAUGUUAUAGGGGUGGCAAUACUAAUGUUCAGCAGUCUUGUUUAUUUCUCCGAGAAAGAGUUCGGGAAGUAUGAACAGUAUAUUGCUAAUACAACCAUAGUGGAUUAUAGCAAUAAUACUUGGACAUUUAUAGAAUCGUUUUGGUGGAGUUUGAUGACAAUAACAACUGUAGGAUAUGAUAUGAACCCAAAGACAAUAUUUGGUCGAAUCCUCGGCGGAUUUUGUGCUGUUAUCGGUGUCUUUACUCUCACUUUACCAAUACCCAUCGUAGUAAACAGUUUUGCCAGCUACUACAAAAACAGGUUGUGGAGGAAUGAGGUUGCGCACAAGAAGAGAGAGAGAAUAAGAGAAGAAGCGUCAAAUACAAAAUUGCUUCAAAAACAAGCUUUUCAAGUUCUAAAUACAAUGUCUAUACCCCUAGGACAGAUGAAUCUUGAGGGUAUUGUAAGGACUAACACUAGAAAGGAAUUGACAGUUAAGGAUCUAACUUCUCUCACCACAUCAUCAUCAGCACCUUCUCUAGCAGAUUAGAGAUAUACCUGCAGAAUAAUACUAACUUCUCUUACCACAUCAUCAUCAGCACCUUCUCUACCAGAUUAGAGAUAUACCUGGAGAAUAAUACUAACUUCUCUCACCACAUCAUCAUCAGCACCUUCUCUAUCAGAUUAGAGAUAUACCUGCAGAAUUAUACUAACUUCUCUUAGCACAUCAUCUCAGCACCUUCUCUACCAGAUUAGAGAUAUACCUGGAGAAUAAUACUAACUUCUCUUACCACAUCAUCAUCAGCACCUGC